AUGAACCGACCUUUUCAGUCAUCACUUCCAUCUACCAAUCCUCUGCAUUUAUACCGUCAUACGCUUCGUUAUCUUCGCUCGCCCACGUUACCAUUUCGAUAUUUAUCUCCAAAGCUUUGUUACAACGCGCGAGAGUUAUUCGAAAUUCAUCGUAAUGAACAAGAUCCAAAAAAAAUUCAAGAAUUAAUAAUUUGGGGAUGGCAAGAUUUGGAAUUUUUAAAAGCUUGGAGGUUUGUUGAAAAAGAUAUUUUGGAUAAAAUCUUUAGAGGAUAUGGAUCCAAUAGUCCUAACCCAGAUACCAUUUUAUCACAACAAUUAAAUAACGAAAAUACUGAAACAACUCCAAUACCUUCAAUACCUUCAUUAAAAUUAUCUCGACCUACUUCAACGAUAUCUAAUAAAUAUUCAAUUCCCACGCCAUUUACCGUACAUCGUCCAAAUCCUGUUUCUAAUCCUAAUAACACUUCAAAUGCUGAUGCUUUAUUACCAAUAGAAAAUACUUUUGUCAAAGGUCAACCAACUACUGCUGCUACAACAACAAAUGUCAUGGCUUCUUCUUCAAUACAUUCAGAUAUUCCUUCUAAUGUAGUUAUUCCAAUGCCAAGUACUUUUGUAUGUAAAAGAGAUGGAAGAGUAAGAUGGUGUGAAAAUUGUAAUUAUGUGAAACCAGAUCGAUGUCAUCAUUGUUCUGAAUUUCAUACGGCUUAUGUGUUACAAAACCGUACGACAAUUGAAUCUCUUUCGUUUAGAACUAGAACCUAUAAUAUGAGAGUUCAAUUUGAUCCUGAAAAUCCAACAAGUUAUGGCAUUGCUACUACUAGACCUGGUGAAAAUUUAUGGAAUUUAGGUUGGAAACAAAAUUGGAAAAUGAUCAUGGGUGAAAAUUGGUGGUUAUGGUUUGUGCCAUUUGGUACUCCGCCAGGCAACGGAUUGUCUUUUCCAUAUAAUAAUGCAACACAUAAUAGAAUAAUUGAGGAAGCAAGAACGCAAUCUACAUUGCAGAGUGAGAGUGAUACUGUGAAUGCUAUAUUGCAACAAGCUCAAUCUCAAUUGGGUCGUGCUGGUAGAAG